GAAAGACACCAGUGGAGUAGUUAAAGAAACAAGAGUUGGAUCCAGGCCWCCCUCUCUCAUUGUCACAUUAAAUUUACACCAAACCAAAGCUCUUGCAUCUAGAGGGGAAACAGGUAUUUAAAGUUCCAUCUUCUUCUAUUCUUAUCCUUGGGUCGUCUAUCCUAUCAUAUCUUGCGAAUCAUCAGUUCGUGGAUCCUCCACGUAAAGGUCUACGUCUUUUUGAGUACUCCAUAAAAAUCGCUAAGGUCUCUCGAAGAGUGUCACAACUCGUACCGCAUAGAUAUCGAAAAUUACAUCCCGUUGGAGAAAACGAACGACAACAACAACGCUCUUCCAUCGAGAAUACCAUAUGGCAUUGAUAUCUGCGGUACCGACUUCUAGCAGCAACGCUUCAUCGCCUCUAAAAGCAGCAGCAGGUACAGCUGAAUCUGUACUGCCCAAACCACCGCCGGCAUCGAAAACGACGUCGUGCGCUUCCUCCCUCCCCAAAAACCCUGCUCCGAUCAGCAACGGCACGGCGAGCACCAAAAUGUCGAGUCGUCCAACGCAGCAUCGAACAAGCAUGGUCUCAGAGAGCUCCGCUUCCACCGCUACAGCCGGAGCGGCGGCGGCAACCGCUGCCCACGAAUCCGCUGCGCCGGGACCCGCCGCCCCGACCAACCCCAGUGCGGUGUCCCCUGGCAGGUCAUCCUCGCAAGGGAGCGGGGCGGAGAAUAUUAGCUACUCGGCGGAACGAAUCAUUGGAAAUGGAAGUUUUGGUGUUGUUUUUGAGGCAAAGGUCGUAGAGACGAACGAGGUAGUUGCGAUCAAAAAGGUAUUGCAGGACAAGCGAUUCAAAAACCGCGAACUCCAAAUCAUGAGACAGCUGGUAAAGGAUCCACACACAAACAUCGUUGCGUUGAAGCAUUGCUUCUAUUCGCAGGUACGUCUAUGAACUGCAUGACAUUGACACUGGUUAGAACACCGCCCGGAACGAUUCAAUCCUCGGCACGACCCGUUUACAGCCAUCGCUGUACGACUUGUUGGUGGAGACGAACAAGUGAAAUUCUUUCCGGUUGCACCAUGUAUGAUUUCAAAUUCGUGCCAGCUACCAACGCUCCGAURAYGAUGAGCUAUGUUGAGUGGCAGUUUCAAUUUGCAUGGCUGAUCUGAGGAGAGAAGAUUUCUCURGAUUGGCCCUUGUUGCAAUUCGAUCGUGGUGAACCCCUACGGGUGCGAGGAAUACCAUUGUCGAAUCGUUGUAUUGCCUUCCGUUUUCAAUACCCUCAUUCAAAACCUUUCGUUUGACUUUCUUCGUAAUGGAAUCAAACUUUAUCAGGGCGAGAAACAAGACGAACUCUAUCUCAAUUUAGUGUUGGAAUAUGUUCCAGAGACUGUGUAUUCGAUUAGCAGACGGCACCACAAGCACAACAUUCCACUGCCACUCAUGUUUGUGAAAUUGUACUUGUAUCAACUGUCGCGGGCGCUGGCGCACAUCCACGCUCUCGGAAUUUGCCACCGUGAUAUCAAACCCCAAAACCUUCUCGUCAAUCCCAAAAACCAACAACUUAAAUUGUGCGAUUUCGGAUCGGCAAAGGCAUUGGUUCGCGGAGAACCCAAUGUUAGCUACAUCUGCAGUAGGUACUAUCGAGCGCCGGAACUUAUCUUUGGUAGCACCGAUUACACGACGGCGAUUGAUAUUUGGUCGGAGGGUUGUGUCGGAGCCGAAUUGCUGCUGGGCCAACCUCUCUUUCCAGGUGAUUCGGGAGUGGAUCAACUCGUAGAAAUCAUUAAAGUAUUGGGGACACCCACCAAGGAGGAAAUACGCAGCAUGAACUCGAAUUACAUCGAAUUCAAGUUCCCCCAAAUUAAGGGUUGCCAAUGGAAAAAGAUUUUUCGCAACAAAACUCCCGACGAGGCAAUGGACUUUAUCGCGAAGACUUUGGCCUACACACCUAGCAAACGAUUGAACCCUCUCGAAGGAUGCGCCCAUCCAUUCUUUGAUGAAUUAAGGACAUCCGGGGUAGAACUGCCUGACAAUGGUGGAUCGCUUCCUCCCUUGUUCGAUUGGACUCCACACGAAUUGGCCGCGCCACAGGAGUGGUUAGACAAGGUAAGUUUUUUGUUGUGCAAGAAAUGUGUUCCAAUCCGAGUUGUUGAAGAUGGUGCAUUGAGAAAAUAAGCAUCGAACUACUGCAAUUGUGUCUGUCCGAAUUCAACCUUCGUCAUUGGACUCCGAAAAUCAUAAGCUCACACCAGCCUUUUUCAACACCAUCGUUGCAACGCUCUUUCGUAAAGUUAAUACCACCCUGGACCGACAACAGCGACGAGAAACAACCUGCUAGAUGAUCAAAAAGGUCUCUUAUAAAAGAUUUUAAACAAUAUCAUUAGUAUGUUGUUUGUAAACGCCAUGUUUGCUGUUGCUAAUUCUGGUGCCCGUGCCAUAGAACAAGUUCGUAGAUUGUACAUCUGUCGGCUGGAAAAGGAUGCCAUCUUCGACACAAAUCGUGAAAGAUAAAACCAAGAUUAUUUACAGAUUAACAUUUGCCUCGCCAUUUGAUCAGAAUUGGAGGAGCAAACCGGAACAAGGCGUACAAAGUCUUACCCACAAAACAAAUGUCCAGAAGAGGAAAGGGUUGAUGGGGAAACAACUUUUAAAAGAAAUUACUUGAGCAWGAGAAUAUUGCUUGGUCACAAACUGCACUGUGGACAAUAUGGAUGAACAGCAACACACUUUAAAUGCAAGAAUAAAAAUUGAGUCAUUAUUCCUAUUGACACAUUCAAGCAAUUUAUCUGAUACUUUGUGCUGCUAUUACGUGUUGAUUCAAAGAGGUUUGGAUUUAUGUCUUCAUCUGGCCACUAGCAUGAAGGAUGUGAUCUAAUUUUAGUUUCUAAUCACAGUGAAUAAUGAGUCAUACAUCAU